AUGGAAUUUGAGAAUCAUUCAUCAUCAUCAAUAUCUCCAUUGCCUCAAAAUUUAUCAUGCAAGCCAUGCAACAACCCUAUUAAUUAUAUUUAUAAUCUAAAGCAAGCACAAGAAAGGCCGGUUACAGUCUUGAAGAAGAAGAAAGCAGGAAGGAAGAAGUUCAAGGAGACUCGGCACCCGGUAUAUAGGGGGGUACGGAAGAGAAAUGGGAAUAAAUGGGUAUGUGAAGUGCGAGAACCGAACAAGAAAUCAAGAAUUUGGUUAGGGACCUUCACUAGCCCAGAAAUGGCAGCUAGGGCACAUGACGUUGCUGCCUUAGCACUGAAGGGAGAAACUGCUACUUUAAAUUUUCCUGAUUCAGCUUUGAUACUUCCUCGAGCGAAGUCGUCUUCUGCUAGAGAUAUACGAAGAGCUGCGCGUGAUGCUGUUGAGGCCUUUAUACCUAGUGCUUCUUCGUGUUCUCCCCCCUCACCAUCUCAUCAUAAGAACUUUUCAUGCGUGACAAGCUCAGGUAAAGUUUUGAGUCCAGCUUUAAGCGAUCUCAAUCCACAUGAGAAGGGCAUAGAAAAUGUUUUCAAACCUUCAUUAAUUGGCAUGCAAGGUGUUGAGGUACAUGGAAAGAAGGCUCUUAAUGAUGACCCUUUUUCAAUGGUCAUGAUGUCAUGCCCUAACAAUUGCUCGGAGAAGGUGUCCCAUCAACCCAAUGCACUGUUCUUUGAUGAGGAGGCAUUGUUUAACAUGCCAGGAUUACUUGAUAGCAUGGCAGAGGGUUUGAUCCUAACCCCACCAGCUAUGCAAAGAGGAUUUAAUUGGGAUGACAUGGUGUGUUCUACGGACUUGACAUUAUGGGAGGAGGACUAG